GGCGAUAGGCGAUGAAAAUUGAGAGUUUUCCUAAUGUACGAUCUAAAUUCGAUCUAGGUCAGAUAAAGAUGGGUCGUGAGGGUUCAUGGGUAAACGAGUGGUGCGACAUGGUUGUAAGCUGGAAUCAAAAUAAGAUCUGCGGAGAUCUAACUUUGCUGGAGAUAUUUGGUGUUUUAUGGAGAAGGAUUCGGAUCCCAAUAGCUUUGGCUAUAAAAGGAAAUAAAGGAUAUGAUCAAGCAAGUUUGUUUGGUUUUUCUUUGUGGUUAUCAAUGACGCAAGGUCAGUGGAUUACUAAGUCUGGAGGAAAAUUGCUCGAGGGACCUAAGCCAGGGCUGAGAAUCUCGGUGCCACGGUUUGACAAUUCGGGUCUCAUUGCGAGUUAUGCCAAAACACUAAUUGAAAGGUGCAUGAACCCUCCGAAACAAGUGAUGAAGAUGAUACUCUUCAUGUUGCCACGGAUCUGGGGAGUGGAGGGAAGAGUGGUUGGAACCUACUUGGUCUUGGAAGAUUCCAGUUUGCUUUUUAUUUAGAGGAGGACAUAGAGGAGGUUCUUAACAUGGGGCCUUUUCACUUUGAUGCUUGGAUGAUUUCGCUGGUUAGGUGGAAGCCGGUUGUGGAGGUCAACUACCCCUAUACGAUCAUUUUCAGGGUUUAUGUUCUUGAUAUUCCACUUCACUUCUGGGCUGCUCAGACGUUCAGGAGUGUGGGUGAUGCUCUCGGGAAGGUGCAGGGGGAGGUUGAUAUCACGGAAGGCAGGGUGAGGGUGGAGGUUGAUGGCUUUAAGCCGCUGAUUUUCUCCAUGACGAUUAACUUUGAUGAGGGCGUAGAGUUACCAGUGUCUUUGAGAUAUGAGAAGCUAGUUGGGUUUUGCAGUGAGUGCUUUUGUAUGACUCAUAAUUAGUCACAAUGCCCUCGCUUACACAAGGAGAUUUAGGCAAAAAGAAGCAAUAUUUUACAUCAGGCUGAGCAGGGUGCAAAUGCUAAUAGUUACAGAGGUGCGGUGGUAAAUGGUAGGGAGGAAGGUGGAGACGGGCGAGAGGGACAUCAGCAGAGGAACUGGAAUGGCAAAUAUGGUAACAAAGGAAAAGGGGUAGCACAUGAAAGAGCUGGGACUGCUAGAUUUGAGGCACCGAAGUACAAGAAUAAGGACAUGUACUAUCGGGGCAAUGGUGAAGGCUCUUCAUUACAAGGGAGGCAGUCUGGUUAUCAUGGGCCAAGGGAGCAAGAGAGGCGUCCUGCAACUCAGUCUCGAGGCAUCCAACAUCUGAGAGGUGGGGAAGAAGGGCUUCCACUGAUCCCGGAGAAGCUAAUGUUGGACGCUUUUAAAGUUGUGGAGAUUUCUCCAAAGGCGAGCGGGGGCUCAAAAGUGAAUGAAGUUUUGGACACAGCAUCUAAGACCAGGAAGUUCCUGAUGCAGAAUGCAAAACUGAUACUAUGCCUACAGAGCUGAAAGACAUUUCAGAGAAGAAGGGGAAUGAAGCUGAUUCGACUUUAGAAGAACCGGCUCCGUACACUGAGGCUCUUCAGAGUGAGGACCUGACUAUGGAGGAGGGGGAGUUUUCUGACUCUGAUCUCCUGGUGGAUACUGAUGAACUCCAGGAGUGGGAGCAAGGCCAGAUGGCUGCAUUUCAGGAGGAGCUAGAGGGGGGAGCUUCAAACGAAGGGAGUGCUGUGGAUGAGAUUUUGGAAGAGCAGAGUGAAGAUGCUAAGGACAAGGAGAAGUACCAGGAGAAGGACCCGAAGAAGAAGGCACAAAAAGGGGGAAAACGUACGGCUCAGAGUAUCUUAUCUCCUCGCAAGAAGCUCCUUGCAAAGGCAGUGACCAAGCUGGAAGGGAAGGGAAUCGGACCAGCCAAGAAGGUCUCGUCUAACGCAUCUAAAGGUGCAGAGUAAGCUGACCUUUUCAUUUAUUUUUUCGGUUCAAAAAUGUUGGAUUCACUUAUGAAAUCCCUUUUAGUUAUUGUUUGGAUCUUUUUUUGCGGUUUUUGUUGUUCUCUAUCCUUCGGGAUAUCAAGGUUCUUUCUUUCAGUUGUUUGGUCUUACUUGUAUCUCUAGUGGUCGACUAUAUGAAUAAAACAUGGUUGUGAUUUUUCCAAGUUGGUUAUUAUA